AUGACGGUGUCGGGGUCCGACAUCUUGGAUUGUGGUCGCUUCGACGGCGGCCGCCCGCGAGGACUCCUCAGGUCCACGAGGACUCCUCAGGCCCACGAGGACUCCUCAGGCCCGCGAGGACUCCUCAGGCCCGCGAGGACUCCUCAGGCCCGCGAGGACUCCUCAGUACCACGAGGACUCCUCAGGCCCGCGAGGACUCCUCAGGCCCGCGAGGACUCCUCAGGCCCGCGAGGACUCCUCAGGCCCGCGAGGACUCCACAGGCCCACGAGGACUCCACAGGCCCGCGAGGACUCCACAGGCCCGCGAGGACUCCACCGGCCCGCGAGGACUCCUCAGGCCCGCGAGGACUCCUCAGGCCCGCGAGGACUCCUCAGGCCCGCGAGGACUCCUCAGGCCCGCGAGGACUCCACAGGCCCGCGAGGACUCCACAGGCCCGCGAGGACUCCACAGGCCCGCGAGGACUCCACAGGCCCGCGAGGACUCCUCAGGCCCGCGAGGACUCCACAGGCCCGCGAGGACUCCUCAGGCCCGCGAGGACUCCUCAGGCCCGCGAGGACUCCUCAGGCCCGCGAGGACUCCACAGGCCCGCGAGGACUCCUCAGGCCCACGAGGACUCCACAGGCCCGCGAGGACUCCACCGGCCCGCGAGGACUCCUCAGACCCACGAGGACUCCUCAGACCCGCGAGGACUCCACAGGCCCGCGAGGACUCCUCAGGCCCGCGAGGACUCCACAGGCCCGCGAGGACUCCUCAGGCCCACGAGGACUCCACAGGCCCGCGAGGACUCCACAGGCCCGCGAGGACUCCUCAGGCCCGCGAGGACUCCUCAGGCCCGCGAGGACUCCUCAGGCCCGCGAGGACUCCUCAGGCCCGCGAGGACUCCUCAGGCCCGCGAGGACUCCUCAGGCCCGCGAGGACUCCUCAGGCCCGCGAGGACUCCUCAGACCCACGAGGACUCCUCAGACCCGCGAGGACUCCUCAGGUCCACGAGGACUCCUCAGGCCCGCGAGGACUCCUCAGGCCCACGAGGACUCCUCAGGCCCGCGAGGACUCCUCAGACCCGCGAGGACUCCUCAGGCCCGCGAGGACUCCUCAGGCCCGCGAGGACUCCUCAGGCCCGCGAGGACUCCACAGGCCCGCGAGGACUCCUCAGGCCCACGAGGACUCCACAGGCCCGCGAGGACUCCACAGGCCCGCGAGGACUCCUCAGGCCCGCGAGGACUCCACAGGCCCGCGAGGACUCCUCAGGCCCGCGAGGACUCCUCAGACCCACGAGGACUCCUCAGGCCCGCGAGGACUCCUCAGACCCGCGAGGACUCCUCAGGCCCGCGAGGACUCCUCAGGCCCACGAGGACUCCUCAGGCCCGCGAGGACUCCUCAGGCCCACGAGGACUCCUCAGGCCCGCGAGGACUCCUCAGGCCCACGAGGACUCCUCAGGCCCGCGAGGACUCCUCAGGCCCACGAGGACUCCUCAGGCCCGCGAGGACUCCUCAGGCCCACGAGGACUCCUCAGGCCCGCGAGGACUCCUCAGGCCCACGAGGACUCCUCAGGCCCGCGAGGACUCCACAGGCCCGCGAGGACUCCUCAGGCCCACGAGGACUCCUCAGGCCCACGAGGACUCCUCAGGCCCACGAGGACUCCUCAGGCCCGCGAGGACUCCUCAGGCCCACGAGGACUCCUCAGGCCCGCGAGGACUCCUCAGGCCCACGAGGACUCCUCAGGCCCACGAGGACUCCUCAGGCCCGCGAGGACUCCUCAGGCCCACGAGGACUCCUCAGGCCCACGAGGACUCCACAGGCCCGCGAGGACUCCACCGGCCCGCGAGGACUCCUCAGGCCCACGAGGACUCCUCAGGCCCGCGAGGACUCCUCAGACCCGCGAGGACUCCUCAGGCCCGCGAGGACUCCUCAGGCCCACGAGGACUCCUCAGGCCCGCGAGGACUCCUCAGGCCCACGAGGACUCCUCAGGCCCGCGAGGACUCCUCAGGCCCACGAGGACUCCUCAGGCCCGCGAGGACUCCUCAGGCCCACGAGGACUCCUCAGGCCCGCGAGGACUCCUCAGGCCCACGAGGACUCCUCAGGCCCGCGAGGACUCCUCAGGCCCACGAGGACUCCUCAGGCCCGCGAGGACUCCACAGGCCCGCGAGGACUCCUCAGGCCCACGAGGACUCCUCAGGCCCACGAGGACUCCUCAGGCCCACGAGGACUCCUCAGGCCCGCGAGGACUCCUCAGGCCCACGAGGACUCCUCAGGCCCGCGAGGACUCCUCAGGCCCACGAGGACUCCUCAGGCCCACGAGGACUCCUCAGGCCCGCGAGGACUCCUCAGGCCCACGAGGACUCCUCAGACCCGCGAGGACUCCUAAGGCAGUCACGUGCGGCGCAGACGAGCUGGCAGGAUCGUGGUGUCCCGGGGCGAUGCGCGGUGCGUGUCCUGCGAGGAAGGAUCGGCGCGUGAGCUGCGUGCCGCACCUCCCGGCGCGCGUGUGUCUGGAAUACCUGCCGCACUUCCUCCCCGCCAGACUGGCCUGCUGGUUCCUGGUGAGCCUCGCUCUCCGCCGGCUCGUUCUGACUGGACCUGGGGACUAG